AUGGGGAUCACGUCAUCCACCGAGCCCAAUUCUAGAUACCACCUGUUCACGUUAGAGAAACUCCACCAACUGAAAGAGGAGAAAUUGGAGGACAUGCCGGAGAAAAAGAGAGUUGGAAUACAAACAAUAUCCGAAGCUUCUCAAGAAGUGUGGUGGAACGGGAUCCACGCCUUAUUCCCCACCAAGGGAGAAUUGUCAAUAGAUCCUCCAAAGGAAGGAGGCACAGAGAUGGACGAGGACGACCAAGUAUUUGAGAGGUUUUCAGAUUUCAUGAAAGAAGGUGGUUGCAAAGAGUCUUUUAGUGCUCUGGUAGACUGUCUUGAGGACACUUAA